GGGGGGCCGGGCGGCCACGGGCUCUUCCUGGUGCGCCAGAGCGAGACGCGCCGCGGCGACUACGUGCUCACCUUCAACUUCCAGGGCAAGGCCAAGCACCUCCGUCUGUCCCUGAACGAGGAGGCGCAGUGCCGCGUGCAGCACCUGUGGUUCCAGUCGGUGCUGGACAUGCUGGAGCACUUCCGGGUGCACCCCAUCCCCCUCGAGUCCGGGGGGCCCAGCGACGUCACCCUGCUCAGCUACGUCGUGGCGGCGCAGCGGCCAAUGGGCCGCGAUCGCUCCGGGAGCCGUUCGGCCACCGACCCCGACGACCUGGCCGAGCAGCUCCCGUAACAACGACCCCCAAAUCCCGCCCCUCCCCCCCAACCAUGGACCUCAGCGCGCCCCUCCCCCCACUUUUUGUAACCCCCCCGCCCCCCCCCCCCCCUCCCCCCAAGGUGGGGGGGGGGUCCCAGGUACUUCAGCACCCCCCGAACACUACGGGGGGAGGGGCGCCCCCAAAAUCCCCCUUUUCGCCCCCAAAAAUCCCCUCAUUGGGGGGUCGGACGAAAACCGGCGGCGCUUUUUGGAAGAAAAGCGGAAAAUCAGA